AUGGGUUGUUUUUCAUGUUUUUCAUCACAAGAAAAGAAGGCAUUCAAAAGAAUACAUAGCAAAAGCAAAGAAACAUCUGAUGUUGUUCGUCAAAGAGAAACUCUCUUGCAUCAACAACAACAACAACGUCCACAUUCAUUAUCGAGGCCAAAGCCACAGCAGGAUCAGCGUUCUCAUUCGCAACCUCUAUCUGAAAAUACUAGAAAGGUGCCAGCAGAAACCACACACCAAAAGUCUUCUAACAAAGGCGAAAGCCAGAACAUUGCAGCUCAAACAUUCACCUUCAGGGAACUGGCAACAGCUACGAAGAACUUCCGAUCAGAAUGUCUGAUAGGAGAAGGUGGAUUUGGACGUGUUUACAAGGGACACCUUAACAAAACUGGCCAGACUGUAGCAGUGAAACAGCUUGACCGCAAUGGAUUGCAAGGAAACCGAGAAUUUCUUGUGGAGGUGUUGAUGUUGAGCCUUCUGCACCAUUCAAAUCUUGUAAAUCUAAUUGGCUAUUGUGCUGACGGAGAUCAAAGACUUCUUGUUUAUGAGUACAUGUCAUUGGGAUCAUUGGAGGAUCAUCUGCUUGAUCUUGAACGAGAUAAACUUCCACUAGAUUGGUUCACAAGGAUGAAAAUAGCAUUACAUGCUGCAAAUGGACUCGAAUAUUUACAUCAUAGAGCCAAUCCACCAGUCAUUUACCGUGACUUGAAGUCCUCAAACAUCUUGCUGGAUAAGGAACAUAAUGCAAAACUGUCAGACUUCGGGUUAGCCAAGGUUGGACCUACAGGGGAAAACACCCAUGUAUCAUCAAGAGUCAUGGGAACGUACGGUUAUUGUGCUCCUGAGUACCAACAAACUGGCAAGCUGACUAUCAAGUCUGACGUCUAUAGCUUUGGUGUAGUUUUAUUGGAGCUAAUUACAGGUAGGAGAGCAGUUGAUAUCACAAGAUUUGGGCAUCAGCAGAACUUAGUUACUUGGGCUGAACCCAUAUUCAAAGACACAAAGAGACACAUUGAACUAGCUGAUCCACUUCUUGGAGCAAAUUUCCCAAGGAAAAAUUUCAGUCAGGCUGUUGCUAUUGCUUCUAUGUGUCUGCAAGAUGAUCCAGUAGUACGUCCUCUUAUUAGUGAUGUGGUCACUGCACUCAGUACCCUUUCAGUACCUGAUUCACCAUUCGCUUCUCCAACUCGAGCACCACCCCCAAUGCAUAUGUCAACUGAAGACAACAUAAUAUCUACAAGAGAGUGCCAAGAAGAACUCGCAGAAGCCAUAGAAUGGGGUUCAAAUUCAAGAAAACAGAAUGCAAGAUCACUAGCAUCUUGCGGUUCUUCAGUGUGACAUCCAA